AUGGGGGUCAUUGAACCUCUCCCGGGUUUUGACUACCGAACGACACAGCAAUCACGUGUAUACAAAUUCGACCGAAAGUAUUUUAUGACCAUGGGGAUAUCGAGGACCACAAUAAACAAUAUUGUCCACAUAGAUUGCAAUUAUCUAUCACGUAUCGAAACACGCCGUAGACUUCCAGCUGUGAGGCCGGAGAUACUUGCGUGCUAUCCCGACGCUGAACCCGCGGUUCGCGAGCUCUAUACCUACCUGGUUCAAAUUUUCCUACCGGAGAGAUAUCCAACGAUAUUUGUGCAAUCUUGGAACUCGCAGACAUUGGAAAACAAGAUCACUGGCGAUGGUCUUCCAUUUACCUGCCCAAGGGAUAUCUUACAGGCAUUGCAAUUGUUGAACGCGCACGUGGAUGAUGAUUUCCUAUUCACCUUACCCUCGAAGAGAACUGAUGGUGCAGAAGGCGAGGAAUUCUUCCUACGCGCGCUCGUCUGGGCAUUUCCGAAUCGCAGUGAGCCGAGCAAGCGGAUUGGUCGUUCAAUGAAGGCUCUGCAUGUUCGUGUACCGAAGUAUGCUGAGAAACUCGACGUAAGUAUGGAUCGCUACUUCAGCAGGCUAGAGACUGGCCAAGUGGUGGUUCGAUCAAAUUGGGGUGUAUCCAUUAAAGCAUCGCAGACUUCGAGUCAACUUACAGAUGCAGAUUAUCUAAGUGAGCCGUCCGGGGACGUCAGUAUCGAUAAGAUUUUUGUUCGCUGCGAGCUUCAGACGCUUUUCAAACUACCAGCUUCCGGCGCUCGCGUUCUCUCAAUUCACGAAUACGUCUAUCCUCUGCAAGAUAUCAUUGACGAUGGUCAGGCCCAAGCAAUGUUGGAGGCUAUUGAUGGCUUGAAGAAGGGCAACGUACCAGAGAUCUGGAACUAUAAACGCGCCUCUACAUGGUCCGAUCAGGUCAAAAAACUACUGAAUGAGGCUCUCGCCAAAGAGAUUGACUAG